AUGUCGUGUAAGCGCGUGUGCGUCUCCGACUUUGAGGUGGAAGCCAGGAAGGUUCUUCCUAAAGCUGUCUAUGACUACUACAGCUCUGGAGCUGAGGAACAGACCACACUGGCUGACAAUGUGGUGGCCUUCAAAAGGUGGUGCCUGAUCCCUCGGGUGUUGAAGGAUGUCUCUUCUGUGGAUCUGAGUGUUUCUGUGUUGGGCCACAAGCUCAACAUGCCCCUGUGUGUUGCAGCAACUGCUAUGCAGAGGAUGGCUCAUCCAGAUGGCGAGACAGCUACAGCAAGAGCCUGCCAAGCAAUGGGGACAGGGAUGAUGCUGAGCUCUUGGGCCACCUCCACAAUAGAGGAAGUGAUGUCAGCGAUGACAACUUCGCCAGGUGUUGGCGGUGUCCUGUGGCUGCAGCUUUACAUCUACAAGGACAGAGAACUCACGCUCUCGCUCGUCCGACGAGCGGAGGAGGCAGGCUACAAGGCCAUCUUUGUUACUGUGGAUACACCGUACUUGGGGAGGAGACUGGAGGACAUGCGGAACUGCUUUAAAUUGCCCUCACAUUUAAGAUUGUCCAACUUCUCCACAGACUCCUUGGCUUUCUCCGAAGGAGACUAUGGCAAUGACAGUGGUUUGGCUGUUUAUGUGGCAAAAGCCAUCGAUCCCACUCUCUGCUGGGAUGAUAUUACCUGGCUCAAGAAAAACACGCACCUACCUGUGAUCGUCAAAGGAGUGCUAACUGGGGAGGAUGCUUCCAGGGCUGUGCGCUAUGGUGUUGAUGGCAUUUUGGUGUCCAACCAUGGCGCUCGACAACUGGAUGGAGUUCCUGCCACGCUGGACGUGCUGGAGGAGGUUGUGGAGGCAGUAAAAGGUCGUUGCGAUGUCUACCUGGAUGGUGGAGUGCGGCGAGGGACUGAUGUCCUGAAGGCGCUGGCUUUGGGAGCGAAAGCAGUCUUCAUCGGUCGGCCUGUGUUGUGGGGCCUCUCAUGUGAGGGUGAACAAGGUGUUACUGCCGUUCUACAACUUCUUAAAGAUGAGCUGACACUAGCGAUGGCCUUGGCAGGUUGUCGUUCACUAGCAGAAGUGAACCGAUCUUUGGUCAGAAGAGUGGAGUUCACAUCGAGAAUUUAA